AGGGCCGCAUCGUCCAUCUUCACGGAGCGAAGGACGUGCGCUGUGUGUGUGUAUGUGUGUGUGUUGCGGCAUCAACUUCCCAUAAGAAGGACACGUUUCCAUUGCGCUGUGUUGAAGAGGUGCAUAGAGCUCUGCUGGACUUCUGCUUUGCAAAUCGUACGGCAACGCCAUGAGCAGCUCGUCAGAGGAGGAGGGGAGACCUGCAGCUGGCGUGCGCAAGUUCAAGCUCGACAACAGCGAGAGCAGCAGCAGCAGCAGCGUUGACGGCGAUGUCGACCGUGCCAACGGUGCAACGGCGAAGCGCCAUGCCUCCGCUUCGACGGCCAACGCUGGUGGCGGUGCCGCCACGACUCGACAUCGCGCCGGCUCUCUCAGCUCACUCGAUCUGUCCACGUCUUCGUCCAACUCGUCUUCUUCGUCUUUUGGUGUUCUUGCCCUCCCUGCUGCGUUUCGCAGCGCGGCCGCCGUGUCCGCCGCAGUACAGAAACAGCUGCGUCACGGCAGCCGUAGCAGCAGCAGUGCGGCUGAGGACGUCGAUAAACCUCCGCAGCUGACGCGAAGCGUAGGGGGAGAGGAAACAGCAGCAGCAACACUUGCUGUCACCGCAUCUGAGGUGGCGUCGGAUGGUGCAUCGCGGCUGAGGCAAAUAAAGGAAGAAGAGAUCCCUGACAAAACAGCUGGAACUGCCAUCACGAGCACUCUCAAUAGCGGCUCGGCUGCUGCCGCUGCGCUACCCGCCGCGCCCGCUGUGGAGUCCGACACGACGAAAAGCUCCCCUGCCUCCGCCUCCAGUCCCAGCUUUCGCGCCGGUGCGGACUUCUUCUUCAAGCGGCACGGGACGCCUCCUCGACGCACGAGCACGCCUGGCACACAGGAGAGCUCGGCGCCGGCUGCCGUGGCUCAAUUUGCGGUACCGGCAGGCAGCGACGGCGGGGACAGCAGCACCGCUGCGAGCGGGAAGGACAGCGUAGCUGCCACAACGCAUCCUCGACCGACAAGGACCUCCCACAGCAUCGCUGCCGUGCCUGCACCGGUGUCGAGUGGUGCGGAGAGACGCGAGCCGCCCGUGACUUCGCCUUUGACUGCUAUCCAAGCUGCUCGUGAUCGCCCGACACCGGCAAGUGGGCCUUCAGCCGUGCGUAAAUUCCCAGUGAUGGGUGACCGCCCAUCGCACGCGACGGCGGCGUCCAUCGGCACCUCUUCACGCACUUCCACAACGGCAGCAGCGCCACCGCUGUCAUCGCCUCCUCCGCUGAAGGCACCUCCAGUGACGGCCGCCGCCGCCGCCGUGUCAAAGAGGGCAGCUGUGGCGGUGCCACCUGCGCUGCAGAUAAGAAAAGUAGCGACUGAUCUGGACAGCGGUGCGGAGGAAUCGACAGGUGGGCAUGCACCGCGAGCUACGUUGGCUGCCGGGCCGACCAAGGACACGGAGGCGCUACCGGCAGCAGCAAAGUCGUCUGCACGUGCAUCGACGUCAGAGGCAAGUGUCUUUGGCGCAGCCCUUGCUACACGACCGGAAACCUCACAGGAGGAAACUGCAAAUCAAAGUGCCAUCCCCAACAACAACCCAGGCAGCCCCUCGCUUUCCGGUCCUUCCGGCAACCUCGCCUACAACCGCGUCAGCGCCCGCGGCAUCGGUUCAGUCCCUGCGAGCGUCAUCGCGGCUCCUUCGCGGCCACGGCGACGCGCGCUUCCCACCGAGCACACGAUGUCCGGCGAAGCAGCGGCGGAGGGAUCGGGGCCCAUCCCAUCAACGCACCGAUCGACUCCUUCCACGAACGAGCCGCCAACGGAAAGUGGAGCACCGGCCGAGAAGGAGAAGGCGAACACAGACGAAGUUACACUGUCUCCACCGUUGGUGUCUACCGCGGUUACGGGGCAGACUGCCGCUCCGCCACAUCGCCCGCAGCGCCGGGCUCCACGCAUGCCACAUACGCCCAGUUUACCCCCUCCAACACUUUUAGAAGAUGAAGACGGAGACGCAGAGGCCGCGAAGACAACGAAUCCCGCUCCCACCAACGCUGCAUCUACACGAGCAGCAACGCAGGUAAAAGGGACCGCAGAGGAGGUCCAACAAGCACCGGCGCGCUUCUCUUCUUCCUCAUCACCACCGACUCAGGACGCUUCUUACCCCCUCUCGCCACCCUCCUCAUCGCCACCCACCGCCUAUCGCGCAAGCUCGGCGGCAACCGCAGCUCUUCAGCGGCAACUUGAGGCCGCACUCGUCAUCUACGACGAUCGUGUGCCGCCGGAGUGGCGCACCGGACGUCACGCACAGCCGUUCGCCGGUGCCGGUGCGGCUGCGCUCUCGCGAGAGCCGGUGGCGACGUGGAUGGUGCUGAGAGAGCCGGUCCGUGACGUGCGGGCUCGCGGCACCGCCUCGCACACUCCUUGUCAUGUGCCACCGGACAGCAAGGCAAGUGCUCGUGCGAAUACGUUCGGCUGCCGCCCCGUGUUGCACAUCGCCAAUAGACGACGUGCCAGUUUUUCAUUGCUUCGCACACACGAGCACAGGUCACACCGAGGUGAAUUGGGAAAGGACGACGCGGCAGAGAUGCUGGAGCGUGCCGCAACCGGUAGCAGUGGUGCACGCACGCCUCGCAGCAGUACUCACGGUGAUCGGCUGACAUCAUCACGGACACCAAGCCCUCGUGCCACACAGCGCGUCUCGAGCACAAGUGGCAGGUCACACGUCAGCGAUGCGGUGGUGCAGCAGCUACUCCAGCAAUACGGACCUCAUGCCCCGCAGAGAGGGAACAGCAAGACAGACGCAACAGCUGACGACUCUCUUGACGAUGUGCCGGAUGCGAUGGCCGCGGGAAGAGUCAGUCUGAUGCCAGCUCGUGACUUGAACACUGCUAAGAUGCGUGACGCGACUGCAAAGCGCCCGUCGAGCCCCUCGAAGCGACGAAAAACUGGUGAGGUGGGCGACGUAGAUAUUCUGAACUACCGCAGCACGCGCAGCCAUUGA